UCCAUGGAUGCUAGACAGAGCGAUGGUAUUAGUGUCCUAAUGUUCCCAUGGUUGGCUCAUGGUCACAUAUCUCCCUUCCUACAGCUGGCUAAGAAGCUUUCGAAGAGAAACUUCAGCAUAUAUUUCUGCUCUACGCCUGUUAACCUCGACCCCAUCAAAGGAAAACUCAGUGAAAGCUAUUCUCUCUCAAUCCAACUAGUAAAACUUCAUCUUCCAUCCUUGCCUGAGCUUCCUCCUCAGUACCACACAACCAAUGGUCUCCCGCCCCAUCUCAUGCCCACUCUCAAAAUGGCCUUUGACAUGGCAAGCCCCAACUUCUCCAACAUCCUCAAGACCCUCCACCCAGAUUUACUUAUUUAUGACUUCCUCCAACCAUGGGCACCGGCAGCUGCUUCAUCGCUUAAUAUCCCGGCCGUUCAGUUCCUGAGCACCGGAGCAACACUGCAAUCUUUUCUGGCUCAUCGCCACAGGAAACCGGGUAUUGAAUUCCCUUUUCAGGAGAUUCACCUUCCAGAUUAUGAGAUUGGUAGGCUCAACCGUUUUCUUGAACCUUCGGCAGGUAGAAUCAGUGACAGAGAUCGUGCUAACCAAUGCUUAGAACGGUCAUCUAGGUUCAGUUUGAUCAAGACUUUCAGAGAGAUAGAGGCAAAAUACCUUGACUAUGUCUCUGAUUUAACUAAGAAGAAGAUGGUAACCGUUGGUCCACUUCUUCAAGACCCAGAAGACGAAGAUGAGGCAACAGACAUUGUUGAAUGGCUUAACAAGAAGUGUGAAGCUUCAGCCGUGUUUGUUUCAUUUGGCAGUGAGUAUUUUGUGUCCAAGGAGGAGAUGGAAGAGAUAGCCCAUGGGCUUGAGCUUAGCAACGUAGACUUCAUAUGGGUUGUUCGAUUUCCAAUGGGAGAGAAAAUCAGGCUUGAAGAUGCACUACCACCAGGGUUCCUCCACAGGCUAGGAGAUAGAGGAAUGGUUGUGGAAGGAUGGGCACCACAGAGAAAAAUUCUAGGCCAUUCAAGCAUAGGGGGCUUUGUGAGUCACUGUGGAUGGAGUUCUGUGAUGGAAGGCAUGAAGUUUGGUGUCCCUAUCAUAGCCAUGCCCAUGCAUCUAGAUCAGCCGAUUAAUGCUAAAUUGGUGGAGGCGGUCGGUGUGGGUAGGGAGGUUAAGAGAGACGAGAAUAGAAAGCUUGAAAGAGAAGAGAUAGCAAAGGUAAUUAAAGAGGUGGUGGGGGAGAAGAAUGGGGAGAAUGUGAGGAGAAAAGCAAGAGAAUUGAGUGAAACACUGAGGAAAAAAGGAGAUGAAGAGAUAGAUGUGGUGGUGGAGGAGUUAAAGCAGCUUUGCAGCUACUAAAAAUAGCUGUAACUCAUACAGCAAGAGGUGGAAUAAGACAUGGAGUGUAAAAAGAACAAGAAGGCUGAUAUAUACAUACAUGCCUUUCCAAAUUUACCCAUCUAGGAAAAUAGCUAACAUGAAUAAUCAAUCAAUGUUUCAUUCAAUCUCA